AUCCGCCAUGUUUUCCAGGGCUGUAUCGUUGCGACAGGGACGGCGAGCUGGAACGACAUGAGCGCAGACAAUAAUAAUACGGCAGAAACGGAGAGCGCGCAGACCGAGCGCGGCAGCGUCAUCACCAUCCAGAGCGCGCUGGGGGACGAAGAAGAAGAUGUUCACAAAUGUGGGAGAUGUGGAGAGGAGUUUUCUUCUUUGGAUGCUUUCAUUCAGCACAAGCUCAGCCGGAGCUGCAGGCGUCCUGUGCACGACCCAAAGUCGAAUGGUCCCAGUGAACAUGCUGCCCCCGAGGUGAAAGUCAGUGAAGAGCAUCUUUCAGAUGAAACAGAGAAAUGCAAACCAGACGAGGGAAGUAAUGUGGUCAGCACUACUACAAGCAGAAAGAGACGUCGUUCAGCAAAGGACCUGGCAGAGUGUGAAGAUGGAGAUGUUCAGACUUCAGAUAAUACUAAACUUGUUGUGAGGCUAACAGCAGAUGGACGCUACAUUUGUCAUAUUUGUGAGAAGACUUUUAAAACGACAAAUAUCUUAAGGACACAUUUGUUCACUCACACAGACAGAAAGGAUUUUAAGUGUGAGCUGUGUGAUACAGCAUUCAGGACCAAGGGCUCAUUGAUUCGUCACAAACGGCGGCACACAGAUGAACGACCUUACCGGUGCAAUCAGUGCGGUCUUUCCUUCAGAGAGUCCGGUGCACUGACCAGACACCUGAAGUCCCUCACUCCCUGCACAGAGAAGAUCCGUUACAGCCAGUGCAAAGAGAUCCUCGUCAGCAAAUAUGGCGUUCGCACAGAAGUGCAGCAGGCUGCUGUGCACCCUCAGAAAGAGCAGCCACUGCCUGUGGUCAGUAUGGUGGAGGCUGCCCAGCAUGGCAUUCACAUACAGGUGGUGGAAGACCUAGGACAACUGCACCAGGUGGUGUCGCAGCCUCAAACUGAAGACAUUGUGGAGGGAGACGGUUUAAUCUGCCAGGCCAUCAUUGAUUCAGGCAUUGCUUUGGAAAACCAAGCCGCAGAGGCGGCAGUGCAGGCGGAAGCACAGUCACCUAAAGAAGACCUGCAAAGUUCUCCUGAGGCUGAGGCCAGACUGACAGAGAUUCAGGUGACCGAGGAGUGUGUGGAGUUGGAGGAAGAGACUGUGGAUUCCUCAGAGAAAGAAGGAGGAGAAACAGCGCCACCCAAAUCCCACAAAUGCCCUCACUGCGAUCGGUCAUUCAGAACAACAUCUCACCUGCGCAUUCACAUCAAAGGCCAUGUCGGCCAGGGUCUUCCUUUCUCGGCAGGCUAUAAGCCGUUUAAGUGUCUCACGUGUCAGAAGGAGUUUCUGACCGGCUACAUGCUGAAGAAGCACAUGGAGAUGCACGUGAGCGACCGCAGAUACAAGUGUGGUGAGUGCGGCAAGCUGUUCAAAGCCAUCGGGCAUGUGCGGGAACACAUGCGGGCACAUUCCAGUGACCGGCCUCACCACUGCAGUUAUUGCGAAAAGAGCUACAAGACGAAGAACGCACUCCAGGUCCACCAGCGCACGCACGGUGAGGAUAAACCAUUUGUGUGUCCACACUGCUCACGAGGUUUUCGGGAAAAGGGCGCGCUUGUGCGCCACAUUCGGCACCACACCGGCGAGAAACCGUUUAAAUGCUCCAAAUGUGGGCGGGGCUUCGCUGAACACGGAACUCUUAACAGACAUUUACGCUCUAAAGGGGGCUGUUUUGCACUGCAGCAGAAGGAGCCAGAGCAGGUGUUGAGUUCUGAGGAGCAGCAGGAGACGGCAGACAAUGUGGCAGCCACCAUAAUCACCGACGAUCCACACACGGUGCUGGUGGAGUUUUCCUCUGUGGUGGCUGAUACUCAGGAGUACAUCAUAGGAACACCAGCUGAUGAAGCAGACCAAGGCGAAGAGGUGUCCAUUAUUCAGGAUGGUCAUAAUCAAAUGGACAGCCACAUCAUGAAAGUGGUGCAGCAGAUCGUGAGCCAGUCGCACGGUAGCCACCAGAUCAUCGUACGAAACGUGGGUGCCAACGAGAGCCCCAGCGUGUCCGACUGCGGCGACACCAUCACCAUCGCCACGCCCGAGAGCCUCACCGAGCAGGUGGCCAUGACUUUGGCCAACGCCAUCGGUGACGGUACCAUCCUCACGACAUCAACCACAGAGGGCGCUGUGGAGACGCAGCACGCCACUGUCACUAUGGUGGCUGCUGAAGAUGUAGAGUUGAUGCAGCAGCAGGAGCAGUAUGUCAUUGCAUCGCCUGACGACAUGGAGAUUCAGACAGUGGUGGUGGUCUGAGAAGAAUCUCUGUUGAAUCAGAGAACUCUGGGAAAUGCAGUCUCCCAAGGAGAUGCUCAUUGUUGCCUCUAGGCUUGAACAAAGAA